AUGGCGAAUGCUUCAGACAUAAUAACGUACAUUGGCGUGCCGCUCGCCGUCUUAGGUGUUCUGCCCAUCCUGUACACAUUCAUGCUUGCCAUCCUUACACAGCGCCGGAUACGCGCCGCCCUUGUCGACCACGGUCACAGACCUGUUAGCACGACACGCCCACACGAUGGCUUUACCAUCCGCAGCUCUCCAAUGACCAGCCUGAUCGAAGUCGAAUUGCCUCGAUAUACCAUUGCCCCUCUUGAACGCGGACAUGACGAUUAUUGGAACACCACGGCAGAAGGAAGAGAAGCAUCAGAAGAACAUCACCAUCUGCUGACACUGGACCGUGCAGAAAGCACUCUGUCCAUGAUCGAGGAAGGACGUGUGCGUGGCUUUUUGCGGGGUGGCAGCUGGCGAGGUUUCCACUGGAAAAAGCUCAUUGUUGGUAAAAAGUUGUACAGGAUCCAAUAUGAGGACGAAUUGAGGGAACCGCCCGCGGAGGUAAGCUUUGAGGAGCUAGUGAUAUUUUUGCUGGAUUGGGGUGCUGUUCCAGAAGGGAUGGGGUGGGAGAAACUGAGGAGCGGCGGUUUGUGGACCCCGAGCGGGACGGUUUUGCUGAAGAAACCUGAAAAUGAUAACGAUAGUGAUGAGAGCACUAGAAAAAGAGGAAGAGGCGUUGACUGGGUGUUGCGAACAAGCAUGCCCGAUGAUAGUGACGGGAUAUUGAGUCUGACAAUACGAUGGACUCGAGAAGAAACGACGUCCAGCAGAGUCUUGAGAGGAGCAGAAAGCCUUCCUCCAGGUUGGGGUCGACUGACUCAACCCGCCCUGCUUGAAGCUAAUGAGAAACACAAAGAGAACGAGAAAGACUUACCGGCACGGAUUGAGGGCCUGAAGUCGGCAAACAAAUACAGCAUGGACAGCAGCAGCUUCCGGUUCCACACCGAAGAUAAUCGCAUCCAAAAACUCCUCUGGGAACGCAAGAACGUCGAAACGGGCUUCGUGUGCACACCUUUCCGAAACUACGAACAAUCCUCCGCAGGGCUAUGGUUUACCUGCGCGGCAUCAGCUUUACUCGCACACAAAAACACCACCAGUGGCGGGCUCUGGGCGUUCGAAACUCCCACGGAGAUCAAGACCUUUGUUCGUAAAGAAACGAUUCCAUGCGGUGUGAUGGUCCUGCUCGGCCUUCUGGCCGAAAGCGACGCGCCGCAAUGGACGUCUCAAAAGGACAAUGUCAACGACGGGUUGGUUUUGGCACGGCAACACCAACACUGGCUUCAAGCUCGUAUGGCUGCAGAGAGACUGGAGGCAACCAUGCCAGUCGAACAAGCUCGGAUUCACAAGAUGAACAGAGAGGCGAAUGAGAGACAGCAGCGGCACAAUGACAUGAUGAACUCCUUUGCCGUGAAAAAGGAGAGGGAGGAAAGGAGGAUUGUGGAUGCGAUCGCAAGUCCGAGGAUGGACAUCAAGCGCGUCAGUGAAGCAUGCCUGACUUGGUUGAUAGAGAAGGGGGAAGUAGGGAGAGAAUGGACCGUGAACGACCUGGCCGAGGCCGUUUGUUAUUUGAUGAUUGUGGAUUUACAGGAUCCAAGUAAAAAGCAGAACGAGGAAGGCCAGACGGAAGAGGACCAGGGCGAAGCAAUGAGAAUCAUCGGGAUCCUGGACGAAUGGAUGGCCUGGGCCACAGCUGGAGGAAUGAAGAAACAACAGUACCAUAUGCUGGAGAGAGACCAGGAUAAAGUGGCGUUUUGCUUCGCAGUUGCCCUUGUCGCAGUCAUUGCGGACGCCAUGGCUUCGAACAACGCAGUCAUGGGAAAGGUGGGAUCGGACAUGCUCGAGUGUAUGAGGUUGUGGAGAAAGGUUCGCCUAGGCUGA